GAGUUACCGUCGGAAGUCAGAAGAACAUAACAGUGUGAUUGUUUGAUAAUAGCCCGGAUCUGGUUGUUGUUGAAGGAGAGUUGAUUGUAAGUUUCCUCAAAUACCUUUUGAUUUCUCAUUGAGAAGAGUUGGGCCCACUUGCCGAAACACCACGUGUACUUACAUAGAUUCUGUCCCUGCUUUCAGUAAAGGUACUGUAUCACAAUACUCACAAUGGCCACCAAUAAGAGCAAGAAUCCGUUCCUGGCCAUGGGCGCAGGUUGUGUAGCAGGAGGAAUUGAAGCCACUGCUGUCUGGCCAAUGGAGUACAUUAAGACCCAACUACAACUACAAUCCAAAGCCAAGGGCGCCAAGUUACCGUACAAUAGCAUGAUUUCGGGUUUGACGUAUACCGUCCGAACCACAGGAUUCUUCUCGCUGUAUCGAGGUCUGGCACCGACACUGAUUGGCAGCAUCCCCAAAGCCGGCAUUCGAUUUGGAUUGAAUUCCGUCAUUAAAGAAAAGCUACGCGAUGCAAAUGGCAAUUUGACACCCGCCAAAAAUUUUGUUGCUGGUUUGGGAGCCGGUGUCACGGAAGCCUUGAUCAUUGUGGCACCGGUCGAAACGGUCAAGACGAAAUGCAUCGAAUUGAACAUGCCCUUUGUCAAGGGGUUUCAGCACAUUCUGGCCACGGAAGGUGUGGCCGGUGUCUACCAAGGUGCCGCCGCCACGGCCAUGAAACAAGGAUCCAAUCAAGGAUUGCGAUUCAUGUGGUUCAAUGAAUACAAACGAAUUGUUACGAACGAUGGUGAAAUCCCACUGACACCUAUCAUGGGAUUGUUUGGUGGAAUGAGCGCCGGGUGUUUUUCGACUUUGGGGAACAACCCCUUUGAUGUCGUCAAGACUCGAAUGCAAGGUACCAAAGCAUCGCAGUAUAAAGGAACCCUGGAUUGUUUCUCCCAAAUCCUAAAGAACGAAGGGAUUGGAGCCUUUUACGCUGGUGUCGUUCCUCGAUUAGGACGCGUUGUGCCAGGUCAAGGUAUCAUUUUUAUGAGUUUUGAAACCAUUCAAGAUGCCCUACAAAAGAAUUUCAAGGUCUUUCAAACGUAAAUAAAGAGGCAUAAGAAAGACAUUUCGUUUAUUUGGACAACAACAAUCUACCGCACAAAAAAACAAAAAGAGUCGUAGUUUUGGAAUGCAGCUGGACACGGCUCUAGCUAGCUCAUAACGACUCCACUGCGCGUUUAAAAACUAAAAAAUGUUGUU